AUGGCUGGCUACGCCUGGCGCCUUUUACCGGCGACCGCCCCCGGGCUGCCCACCCUCCUCGCAUCCGCCUGCUUCAACGCCGACUCCUACACCCUCCACCUGACUGACCUCGCCAAUGUCUGGGCCGAGAGCAUGGACCGACGGCCCAUUAUCAAACGCGGCAUGGUCGAGGACACGAGCAUCGAUCCCAGCGACGGACCCGACCAAAUCCGCAAAAUGCUCGAACUACUCCGGGCCGCCUUCGAUAGCAGCGACCCGGAGCACGGCAACACCUCCCUCACCUUGGCACCGGGUGAUGGUGCCGAUGCAUUAGUCAUCCAUGUCACCUGCCAGCUGCCCAAGCCGUUGAAGCCCUUCAAGUGGCCGAUGCACCUCGCGAAGGGCUCGCAAUCGGCUCUGACGUCUCAACUCGUGCUCCCGUUGAUUCAGGCUCAUGAAGCUCGCACGAGAGAGAUUGACCAGCUCGUGGGGCUCUUGAGAGAAAAAGAUGCCGUGAUCAACAGGCUGGUGGACAAACUCGAGGCCACGGGGACAGGCCUGGACCAUGUAUUCAAUGCACUCUCUGGGAAACGGAACGUUAGCAGGGCUACCGCUGGCGAUAGGGUGAAGGGGUUGGGCACCUUCUCGGAAUCCGAGUUUCGGAAUAAAGCUGCUGAACUGCGGCCCAUUUCGAAGACUUCCGAUGUAUCGGCUUUGCUCGGGUCUGCCUUUGGCGCGCCUGGGUUGCGAUACAAGCCGGGCACGGACUUGGAAGAAUCUACCGAGCUCAACAACUGGUGGACAAAACUGGGCAAAGGGAGGAGCGUGGUGUUGUCGGAACGUACAUCCCAAGAGGAAUCCAACUCCGCACCUCUACCCCCGUCAGAACCCGAGCCGAGUAAGGAAGACGACGAUGACUUCCAGGUCCAGGCUACUCCACCCGGGGCCAGAUCCACGCGUAAACGGGGCAGCCCCUCGAAACUAGCACCCCCGGUGGAUGACGACGAGACGUCCGAUGGGGAGGACGCCAAUGAUGCCACGCCUCCGUCUCCUCCUCCCGCAAAGUCAAAGCCUGCCUCGGGAUCCAAACUUGGCGCUAUCGGACGGACUCGACGGGCAUCCCCGUCUCCUCCACCGCCACCUCCGCCGCAGUCUGAUACCCAAUCCGAAACCGCUUCCGAAGCCGACGACGAAAAUCUAGAAGAUGCUCCUCCUCCUCCAUCCCCGAAACCAGGCCCCAAACGCGGCGGUCUCGGGCGUAUCGGCGGCAAACCCAAACCACAGGAGGCCACAAAGGGAAACACACGCUCAGCUUCGCCAUCUAUUGCAGCCCAAGAGGACGAUGACGGACCCCCGAGCCAGCUUCCCCGACGCCACAAGCUCGGCACAAUCGGCAGCAAAAAAGGCGCGGAGGCCUCCCUGAGCUCUGGACCCUCCUCCACUAGCGAUGAUACCCGAGGGAGGAGCAAGACUCCAGCUGCAUCUGCGGGACAAAAGGCGGCUGCCAAGGCUGCGAGAGAGACGUCCCAGGAGCGGGCAGACCGGAAGAGAGCGGAAUUACAGCGGGAGAUGGAGAAGAGGGCUGCAGCUGGGCCGGCGAAAAAGAAGAGGAAGUUUUAG